UCAUUUUUCAUUUUUUGUGAAGUGAAGAAGAGAAGAUUGAAGAAGGAAGAUGAAGAUGGAAAUGUAUUCAACUCUCCCCUCCUUUCUCUCUGCCUAAUUUUGCUCUUCUUCUGCCAUUUCAUCUUCCUCUCAAGAACUCCAUUUUUUCUCUACUCCAUUUUUUCUUUCUCUUUCUCUCUCUACACCCACUUUCUCUUUCUCUUUCUCUUUCUCUCUCACUCUCUCUCAAUUUUUCUUUUUGUUGGGUGGAGAUCUCUGGGGGAUUAUCCCAGAUGUGUUGCACUCUCUAUGCCAGGAUCUUCUUCAUCCUCUUUUACAAAUUGCGAUCUUCCAUUGUUGCUACUUUCUCUGCUGGUAGCUCAAUUUGGCACCUCGAGUGAGCCGUUGAUUUCUCGUUUCAUCCCUUCUGUGUGGUUUUUGUUAAGUCGGCGAUUUAAAGUAUAUUUCUUUGGGAAUCUGUUCUGUCGCGGGGACUAUUUUCAGGAUCUUUAUUUGAUUGCAAAUUGAGAGAUGCGGCAUCCGAAAAAUGAGAUUGAAGACAACCUACCUUCACAAGAUCAGACAUUAUCACCAUUGCUAGACGAAGAUAGUGGAGGGAAUGCUAGCGGUAUCGUUCUUAAGAAAGGACCGUGGACGUCUGCUGAAGAUGAAAUUUUGAUAGAGUACGUAAAGAAACAUGGAGAGGGGAAUUGGAAUGCAGUGCAGAAGCAUUCUGGACUUUCUCGUUGUGGGAAGAGCUGCCGAUUGAGAUGGGCCAAUCACCUAAGACCAAACUUGAAAAAAGGGGCAUUUACUGCAGAAGAAGAGCAUCUAAUAAUUGAACUGCAUGCAAAAAUGGGAAACAAAUGGGCACGCAUGGCAGCCCAUUUGCCUGGACGUACAGACAAUGAAAUUAAGAAUUACUGGAAUACUCGAAUUAAGAGGCGGCAGCGGGCUGGUCUACCUCUGUAUCCCCCAGAAGUGUGCCUUCGUACUUGGCAGGCGUUACAGCAGACCCAAGACUCAGGUGGAAGUACUAUUGUAGAUAACGACCAUCAUGAUCUUCUUCGAGCCAAUAGCUAUGAUAUACCGGAUGUCACGUUUCACAGCUUGAAGCCUCAGAGUGCCUUAUCUUAUAUGCCCGAGCUUCCAGAUAUUUCAAGUUGUAUGCUGAAAAGAGGUCUUGAUUCUUCUCAGUAUUGUAAUUUCAUGCAAUCAGCGCUGCAUCGUCAAAAGCGUUUCCGGGACUCGGCAUCUUUAUUUCCUGGUCCUGAUGGUAGUGUUAAAACCCCUUUCCACCAGUUUGAGGAUAAUUCCUACAGUCAAGCUGCUCAGUCAUUUGGUACGCCGUUUGCCGUUGAAUCUAACCCUACCACAAAGAAUGCCAUGUCCUUUGGCUCGUUUGAGGGUAGCCAUUCCCUUACAAAUGGCAAUUCCUCUGCUUCUCAGCACUCGAAAGAGACUGAGAAGUUGGAGCUCCCUUCACUCCAAUAUCCAGAAACUGAUUUAACCAGUUGGGACACAACCAUCCAACCAGCAAUGUUUGAAUCAGUUGACCCGUUUAUUCAAUCUACACCAACUUUUGUGUUGCAAGCAACAGAUCGCCAAUCACCAUGCCACAGUGGCUUGCUAGAAGCUUUAGUAUAUCCUAAGCCGAUGGGUCCAAAGAAUCACCCAUCUGACAAAAAUUCAAAUUCAUGCAGUGUCACUCCAGGUGAUGUAACUGAUAGUUACAAUAUGGCAGCGAGUAAGACAGAAAUUGAUGACUAUACCGAGGUUAUUUCUCCAUUUGGUCACUCCACUUCCUCACUUUUCAGUGAAUGCACACCAAUCAGUGCAACCGGAAGUUCAUAUGAAGAUCCUACUCUUACUGAGGCCUUUUCCGGAAGUCACGUGAAAUCAGAACCACUUGAUCAUGCAUGGACCCCUGAUAGAGAAAAAGCAGCCAAAAGCAGGGUCAACUUCGCACGUCCAGAUGCCUUGCUCACUUCAGAUUGGCACGACCGAAGUUCAGGAAUCGUGGAGGACACAACCAAUGUAACUGAUGCCAUCUCUUUGCUUCUAGGUGAUGAUUUGGCUGCUGACUAUGAGCACUUCCCAAAUGGGAUUUCAACAACACAUUCAGCGUGGGGCCUCGAUUCUUGUUCAUGGAAUAACAUGCCAGCGGUAUGUCACAUGUCUGAUCUUCCUUGAUCUCUCAGCUGUUCUUCUAAAUGAAAGAGUUAAAAGCCAUCUCUCAUCAGAGGAAGACGGUUUCUCAACUACUUCGUCGUCGUCGACCAAAGGAGGUUAGUUUUUCUGGACCUUUUUUCUUUUUAGUGGAUUUUGAUUCCCUGUUUGUUCAUCAGAAAAACAAAUCAUUGUAUGUGGAACUCUUUAGGUUUGUAAUGCACAAUUUAGUGCUUUCUUAAGAUGACAGUGUAAUAACUUUGAACUUUUUGUCAUGGUUUGUCAUGGAACAUUGGGAUUCAAUGGUCUCUUUCUUCAAA